UUCUACUUCCGGUUCAGAGGUCUUUGGGGUCCUUCCAGCGCGGAUUAGACAGCUCACCGGCUGCUAUCGCUGCAAAUACUUUCAACUCUUUCCUUGGAACGACAGUGACAAGUUCUGAACAUGUCCGGAAGAGAAGGAGGCAAAAAGAAGCCGCUGAAGGCCCCGAAGAAAGCAUCCAAAGAACUUGAUGAAGAUGAAAUAGCCUUCAAGCAGAAGCAGAAGGAAGAACAGAAAGCACUGGAGGCGAUGAAGGCCAAAGCUUCUGGGAAAGGACCUCUAGGUGGUAGUGGCAUCAAGAAAUCUGGCAAAAAGUAAAUUCUGAAUCAAACAACGUUGUUUGUUCGCUCUCUGGCCUGACGUUUGUCUGCGAUGCUGAGAAGUCUCCGCUGUGUUUUGCUUUGUGAAGAAUGAACCCCAUUAAACCUGCAGAUCUGCCCGAUGUUUACCACCUGCUCCAGUCAAGAUGUCAAGAAAAUGAAUUCAGGAAGUGUGAGGAUGCUCAGUCAGGCCCAGUGCACACAUCUUUACCUAAACCAAAAGUUAUCAGAGGAUAAUUUCAUAAAGACAACAUCUACAAAUCCAGUUAAAAAAAAAGUUCUGCUUUUUAGAAAAGGAAAUGCUUGAGAAACAACUGAUUUCCACAGUCUUUGUGUGUGCUCAACAAAAAAUCAUCCCUGGAUCUUUUUUGAUUUUGUUGUAUUGUAAACAAGGAGAUACUAAUAAAGGUGUUUUUUUUGUAA